GCAGCUGUUGUGAUAGGGAAGAACUGGGGUGAUGAGCGAAGUUCAUAAAUCCUGCGGGUGUUAGCGGGAGGUGGGCAGUCGGUGGGCUGGGGAGUGACACGGCGCCGAUCUUCGGUCCUUAAGGCAGAAUUUGGCGCGGGUUUUGUCUGGAGCACUGGCGGCGGGGAUGGCAGAGAAGGGAGCAUGGGCUGCCUUUCUGGGAUUUCCUUCCCGCUGCGGAGAAAGCUUAGUACACAGCUCUGAUUAAAGAUGACUUCUUUAUUCACUCAAGAAAUUCGCCUUUCUAAAAGACAUGAAGAAAUAGUAUCACAAAGACUAAUGUUGCUUCAAAAAAUGGCGAGAAAGUUUGGUGGUCAAAACACAGAAAAGGCACCUCAGGUGCAAGCCGCUGAGACUGCUUUCAAAAGAAAUCGUAGUCUUUUAAAGGAUAUAGAAACAGCUGAAAAGUCGCUGCAGACCAGGAUUCACCCACUUCCACGGCCUGAGGUGGUGUCUCUUGAGACUCGUUACUGGGCAUCAGUAGAAGAAUAUAUUCCCAAAUGGGAACAGUUUCUUUUAGGAAGAGCACCAUAUCCUGUUGGUGUUGAAAGUCAAAAAGAAGCAGAAAAAAACAUUGAGAAUGAAGCAGAGUGAUAACUUCUUCACGUGCUGUUCCAGAAAACUUGCUUAAUAAAGCCUAAUGUUAAAGCAUA